CUUGCAAAGAAACAAAUUAAGCAGUGGAAAAGAAGAGAAGAGGAAUGGGAAGGCCACCUUGCUGUGAUAAACUUGGAGUGAAGAAAGGCCCAUGGACACCGGAAGAAGAUAUCACCUUAGUGUCCUACAUACAAGAACAUGGCCCUGGCAAUUGGAGGACUAUCCCUGCAAACACUGGAUUAAAGAGAUGCAGCAAGAGUUGCAGACUUAGAUGGACUAAUUAUUUAAGGCCUGGAAUCAAGCGUGGCAACUUCACUGAUCAAGAGGAGAAGCUCAUAAUCCAUCUCCAAGCUCUUUUAGGCAAUAGAUGGGCAGCCAUUGCUGCUUACCUUCCAGAGAGAACAGACAAUGAUAUCAAGAACUAUUGGAACACUCAUCUAAGAAAGAAGCUCAGCAAGACACAUGAGUUAUCAAGCAAUAAAUCCAACUCUAAAGGUCAAUGGGAAAGGAGGCUUCAAACUGAUAUCAAUAUGGCAAAGCAAGCACUCAUUGAUGCCUUAUCAUUAGAGAAAUCUCCAACAAGUGAUGAUCACACUCAUGAAUUGAAGAACUCCAGUGGUUACUGCUCAGCAACGUAUGCAGCAAGUGCUGAGAAUAUUUCCAAGUUACUUGAAGGAUGGAUGAGGAACACAAAGAAGCACUCAGAGAGCAACACAAGUGAAGCUUGCUCAGUAUCUAGUACAACCAAACCAUUACCUGAGACAUUGUUUGGGUUGGAUUCAGAGACACCAGAAGCAUCAGAGACAAGUCUUUUGCAUGGUGAAAGCAAAGCAAGUAUGGAGGCUUCAACUUCUUUCUCCAUGCUUGAAACUUGGCUCUUUGAUGAAAGUGUUGAGCAAAAACAAGAUGAUCUUCUUGAUGUAUCACUAGUAGACACUUGUCAAUUGUUUUCUUGCUAGCUAUUUGAUGCUCUGCUUCUAUAUUUUUUAUUUACUAAGUAAUUAAUCACCAAAAUUAAGGUGAUCGAUUAUGUUUGUUCACAAAUGA